AUGCAGUCGGAAGGGAGCUUUGGCAUUCCAGAGGGCUCUACUGUUCUUGUGACGGGUGUGAAUGGCUUCAUCGGUUCCCAUGUCUGCAGUCAACUGCUGCAGCUUGGUUUCGAUGUCCGCGGGACCGUCAGAGAUCCGACAAAGUACGCUUGGGUCGAGGACUUGAUGGAGAGGGACAACCCGAAAGGUUGCUUCACGUUGGCCUCUCUGCCGGACCUGGAGGACGAGGGGGCCUUUGAUUCUCUUGUUGAUGGCGUUUCGGCUGUCAUCCACGUGGCCUCGCCAGUGUCCUUGAGUCCCGACCCAGAGAGCGUCAUUCCGAGCAGCAUCAACGGCGCCAUGAAUGCCCUCAAAGCAGCCAACAGAUCGCCAACUGUCAAGAGAUUCGUCUUGACAAGCUCGUCGGUUGCAGCGGCUCUACCCAAGCCUGGUCAGAAAGGCGAAGAGGUGACAACAACAAGCUGGAACAUUGAGUCAGUGGCGGUUGCGUGGGGGAAGCCUCAUCCGCACCAAGCAUGGCACGUCUAUGCGGCAAGCAAGAUUGAAGCGGAGAGGGCUGUCUGGAAGUUCUACAACCAGGACAAGAGCUGCCGUCCAGACUUGGUUGUCAACACAGGUAGUUUCUCUGCCAGUCUUGUCAAUGAGGAGUUUGCUGAUGAUUUGAAAGUGCUCCCUAGCUGCAACUUCGGCAGGAGCCUCGAUGUUAUCAACCAAGGCCACCCUUCAACAUCAUCAUUCGUCGAAAAGCACUUUGUUGAUGUUGAAGACACCGCGAGGCUUCAUGUUGCCUGCGCUGUGUUGCCAGAGGUCCAAGGCGAACGAGUGUUUGCGUGGGCCGAGCCUUUCAACUUCGAUGCCGUGCUUGACAUUUUGCGCAGCGAGUUUCCCAACAAAAAUUUCGUGGAGAACUUCCACAACUACCGCGAUCUCUCUACCGCAGAGAAAGCAAAGUCGCGAGCAGCCCAGCUGUUGCGACGAAUGGGGCGAGACGGUUUCACUUCAUUGGGGGAGAGUGUUUUACUAAAUGUUGAUGAUCUGCCUUGA